CACGGACUGAUACAAGAUGCAGAAGUAGUACUUCAGUCCAAGAGGGACAUCUUGUAGAACCUUAUCAAGACAGUAGCCCCUAUCAGCAACCUAGUGAGCUUUCUUGCAGUGCACCAGAUUCACGCAGUGGUAGAGAGCCUACUCCACGUAGUCGCCUUCAGGGAUUGAACCGGCAUGGAACCAGCCUUCAGUCAACAGCAGCGCCUCUUCUGCGGUCAUCGUACCCAUCACCCAGCACAAGCUUUCGUGGAGAUGUGGACGUUCCUACCUCACCUCUCUCACAAAUGAGUGACCCUGAUGCUACUGAUGACUCUCAUCUGUCAAGUAGAGGUACCACAAGAUCGCACCUUGGUCCGGUGUCUGGCACAAUGCAACAUACUUCAAAUUCCCAGGAGCCAGUGAUGUCGAAAUCGGAAUUCCAACGUCAAGUUCUCAAAAACCUCCUGAUACUGCGGCUAGGGCAACAACAGCAAAGUGACCUUUUGGCAAACCUUCCAUCAAGAUCUGCACUCGCAUUCCCUGACUCUCCUAUCCUAAUUCCCGAGCCGUUCCAAACAGUUGAACAGCUGGAGGGAUUUGAAAACAAAGUCACCAAGGACAACGAAAAACAGCUGGUUCAAGAACUCUGCAUUCUUGGAGGGAGUUCACUGAAAACUUGUGUAAAAAGAAUUAUGUGCCACAUAAUGACUGAUAAGUUGGCUAAGCUGUACAGCUGGCAGGGAAGAAAAGGGAAGUUGAAGUUCACUGAACUCAAGUUUGCUGAGAUUAUUAUAGUGUUUUGGUUACGACGAAUCAGCAUGUGCCGGGGUGCAGCACGGAGCUUGGGUUAUGCACCCUACUGAUGUAUCGACGUGGGAGCAUGUGCUGGGGGACACUGUGGGACUGUGAUAUGCACUUACCACUAUUUCUUACGUCUCCUACAAGGACAUCAAGACAAGCGUGUGCCAGGGCACACUUUGGAGCUGUGAUACGUACCUACCACUAUUUCUUAUUUUCUUAAUGUAUCGUAGAUGUUUCCACUGGGACAUCAAGACUGAAGAAUGUGUGAGGGCACAUUGUGGAGCUGUGAUAUGUACAGUACCGAACAAAUGUUUACUGAACACUGGGUUGAUUUAUUUUUUCAUCUGAGCGAUGCCGUUGCAGGGAAUGGGAGCUGAUGCAGGUACAGACUGUUGCAUGGGUCACCCAAACACCCGUUUUUAAUUGCAUCCGCUCC